AUGAAGGAUUUGCACAUGCAAAGCUUUAGGGGGCGUUUGGUUGUGGGGCUUCAAGAAAGGGCAGUCAAGAGGAUCUUUCGGUAUCUUAGUGGUACGUCAUAUAUUGGUAUCAUCUAUGGAGGUGAUAUCGCAUGUUUAGUUGCGGAAUAUUCUGAUUCUGAUUAUGCUGGAGAUGUGGAUGGUAGAAGAUCUAUGAUUGGUUAUGUGUUCACUCUUGGUGAUUCUGUGGUAAGUUGGAAAGCAACUUUGCAGCCUACGGUAACUUUGUCUACUACUGAGGCAAAGUAUAUGGCCUUGACGGAAGCAACUAAGGAGGGAAUCUGCUUAAAGAGGUUAAUUAGUGAUUUGGGUCUACAUCAUGAUAAGGCAACAAUGUAUUCCGACAGCUAA